GAGAUAAUUCGCAGUGGGACGGUCGUGAUUCUGAAGUAGAAACGUGUGAAAGUGCGGCAGCGAUCAUGUAAUCUCAGUCUUGUUAAAUUUGUGUGUUUACGCUUCAUUUUAUCAAAUAUAUUUACUGCUGACACUGAACACACCGGAAGUUCGUCUUUGAGUGACUCUGGAAGAAACCAUGAAGAAGAAACUGAAACAGAGCGAAGAGGCGUCGCCGGGACAACAGUCAGACGACUACGUGGUCGGUCUGGUGUCGGGAAGUUUGUUCCAGGAGAGUUCUGCAGCCUCUGGAUCAUCGCUGUCGUCUUUGUUCAGCACCGCUGCACCGGCUGCAUCUGUGCUGUUCCAGCCUGCUCCCCAGCCUGUUCAGAAGAGCGCAGAAGAAAAAGAGCCGCAGAAAGAAGGUGCGGAGGUGAAACCUCUCGGUCAGCAGAAGAAGAAGCAGAAGACGCUGAAGGAGAAAUCAGAAGCUGAAGAGAAGCUGGAGAACAGGGAGAGCAGUUUACUGAACGCAGACGAGGAAGAGCACGGGCAAGAGACGUCGGUGAAGAAGAAGAAGAGGAAAGCUCCGGAGCCGGGCGAGGAGAACGACGUGGAGAAAUGGGUGAUGAAGAGACAGAGAAAGAGAGACAUGAAGCAGGAGGACGCGGUCAAGACCAAGAGGACGGUGUUUGUAGGGAACCUGCCCGUCGGCUGCACCAAGAAGACUCUGCAGAGUCUCUUCAGGGAGAAAGGAUCCAUCGAGACCAUCCGGUUCCGCUCCGUGGUGCGAGAGGAUCCGUCCAUAUCCCGUAAAGUCGCCGUCAUUCAACGUAAAGUCCAUCCCAAGAAGCAGAGCAUCAACGCCUACGUGGUGUUUAAAGACGAGGAGGGCGUGGCCAAGGCGUUGGAGAGGAACGGCAUGGAGAUCGAGAAAGACUUUCACAUCCGCGUGGACCGAGUGACGGACAGCUCGGCGCACGACCACAAACGCUCCGUGUUCGUGGGGAACCUUUCAUUUGAGAUAAAUGAGCUGGCUGUUCGACGACACUUUGAGGAGUGUGGUGCCGUGGAGGCGGUCCGGUUGGUGCGAGACCAGAACUCUGGACUGGGGAAAGGAUUCGGCUACGUGCUCUUCGAGAGCGCUGACUCGGUGCAGCUGGCGUUGGAGCUCAAUGGCACCAAACUGGAGGGCCGGUCGGUCCGGGUGAAGAGGUCGGUGAAGAAGGAGAAGCUGAAGAAAACUGACGGCAAAGGAACCACGGGGAAGGCCGGCAGGGGCCCCGCCAAGGGCCCCACAAAGGGCCCAAUGAAGGGUCCUUUUAAGGGCCCGGGGAGGGAGCGAGGAGGCUUCAAGAACUUCUCUGGAAAUCAGCAGAAAUUGCCCAGAAGCUCGGGCUCCUUCAAAGGAGAGAUGACGGAUCCGAACAAAAAGAUUAAAAAGAAGAAGAAAGUGAAGCCCAAUAAGAAGGUUCAUAUCUGACGUCUGAGGGGGGGGGGACGCCAUGAUGCCGCUCUUUCUGCUGUAAAUGGACCAAUAGGAGAGCAGCAGCAAGGUGUUCCAGACGGAGUGAUCUGGAGGUUUUAGAGUUGCAGUGAAUCCUGUUUGUUCAUCGUUUGUCUCCAGGAAGGAUUCAACUUUUCUACUCUGAACAAAAUAAAAAUGUUUUCAAGGUAACGGGUUUGAAUCCCGCUCAUGACCUCUUUGUCCCGCUGUUGUAGGGAUCGUGUUGAGUCUGUUUUCAGAUAUCUGUCAUUACUAAAGAUAAUAAAUCACAUUUCACCUAAAA